AUGAGCAAGAUGUGGGAGGUCGACCCUGAGACCAGGAGCAAGUUACUGGAGAUUCAAAAGCAGAAUGGCAACAAUGCCUGCGUCGACUGCGGUGCGCCGAGUCCGCAAUGGGCCUCCCCCAAGUUCGGCAUCUUCAUCUGCCUGCAAUGCUCCGGCAUUCACCGCGGGCUCGGCGUGCACAUCUCCUUCAUCCGCUCCAUAACCAUGGACUCCUUCAAGCACGCCGAGGUGCUGCGCAUGGGCGCGGGCGGCAACGCAGCCUGGCGCGCCUUCUACGACGCCUACCCCGCCAACAAACUCGAGGGCCGCACGUUCGAGGAGAGCAGCAUACAGGAGCGCUACGACUGCGCUGCGGGCGAGGAGUGGAAGGAGCGGCUGGCGGCCAAGGUCGAGGGGAGGGAGUUUGUGCCUGUCGUGGCGGAGAAGAGCAGGCCGGUGGGACGGCAGGCCAGGAAAGAGGCCGCGCCGCCCUCGGUCGGUAGCACUGGUGGCAGCGCGGCAGGGAGCCGCUCGCACACCCCACUCGCGCGGACACGCUCGACGGACUCGGCGGGGCCUCGCGCCGGCAGUCCAGCGCUCGGCACAGCGGCGAUGGGACGGAAAGCGCAAAACGAGGCCUUCUUCGCGCGCAUGGGGAAUGAGAACGCUACGAGACCGGACGACGUGCCGCCCAACCAAGGGGGGAAGUAUGCAGGGUUUGGAUCGGAGCCUGCACCGAGCAGUAGAAACGCCGCUGGAGGAGCGGCACCAGCGAUACCUGGCGUGGACGACUUUCAGAAGGAUCCGGUUGCGGCGCUGACGAAGGGGUUUGGGUGGCUGAGCAGUGCGGUGGGGAAGGGGGCGCAGGUUGGGUAUGAGGGGUGGGUCAAGCCGGGGGUGCAGAAGCUAGCAGAAGCAGACAUCGCAACCCAAGCCCGCCGCACCGCCGCCCAGCUCUCCCAAGACGCCCAAACAACCCUCUCGCGCUUCGUCGAAGGCGACGAUCGUCGGCCUCCACGGCAAACCUCCAGGACCACAGCAGCCACAGGCGGUCAGGCAUCGGUGGAACCAGACAAGCGCGACUUCUGGGACUCGUUUGGCGACGCCCCGAGAGGCCCCCCAAAGGAGAAGAAAGACUUCUGGGAUGACUUCGCUGCCGCUGGAGAAGUGCGGACGACAGCGGCGCCGAAACCGAAGCCAGGGGCGAUUGGGACGGGCGUUGUCAAGAAAGCUGGAUCUGGGGCGGCGCAUGGGCAGGGGAAGGGGAAGGGGGACGAUGAUGGGUGGGGUGAUUGGUGA